CACAAUGCGACGAGAGUUUUUCCACUCCUCUAUCACAAUUAAUUUGUAGUGGGCUAAGAUGGUAGUGGUGGCCCACUGUUCAGAGCAUCUAUGGCCAAUAAUAAUAGCCUACCAAAACUUUUGACUAUUUGUUUAUGGUGCAAAGCACUGCACUCUACGUGAGUCAUCUCUCAUGAAAUGCUCGCUCUUGUCUUCUCCUCUCAAUGGAAUUGGAAAGCAGUCUAUUCAUUUCUCCAACUCUAACCAAAGAUCAUAUCAUCAGUCUUGUUCAUUGUCAAUGAAUGGGUGCCAAGGCGACCCAAGAGCUCCUAUUGGAACCAUAGAAACAAGAACGUUUCCUGCAGUUUCUAGCCCUGCAUUAGCCAUGGAACGUCUCAAUUCUGCCAUCUCUGACUUGGUUAAGUCCCAGCCUCCUCCUUACCAUUCCGGUAUCAUUCGUCUUGAGGUGCCAAUUGAAGAGCAGAUAGAAGCGCUUGAGUGGCUUCAUGCUCAGAACCAUGUCCUCCUCCCGCGCUGUUUCUUCUCCGGUCGAAGGCCAGCUGUUGAUUCUGAAAUGUGCUUCAAUGGAACUUCUCAUUCCUCUUCUAAAGUUGUCAGUGUAGCUGGUAUCGGCUCUGCUGUCUUCUUUACUCAUUUACGCCCCUUCUCCUUUGACGAUUGGCGUGCUAUCCGCAGGUUCCUCUCCAAGAAAUGUCCUCUAAUUCGUGCUUAUGGGGCAAUCCGAUUUGAUGCAACAGCCAAUAUAGGUCCUGAAUGGAGUGCUUUUGGUUCAUUUUAUUUCAUGGUCCCUCAGGUUGAGUUUGAUGAGCUUGAAGGAAGUUCAGUUAUUGCUGCAACAGUCGCAUGGGAUAAUGCUGUCUCUUGCACGUACCAGAGGGCAAUAGAAGCACUUCAGGCCACAAUAUGGCAGGUUUCCUCCGUUCUUAUGAGGGUGCAGAAAAAAAUAUCUUGUUCACAUAUACUCGCAAGUACUCAUGUCCCUGGUAAAGCAUCUUGGGACCAAGCUGUUAAGCGUGCUUUGCAAAUAAUAAGAAGAAACGACCCGAUGCUUAUCAAGGUGGUACUUGCUCGUAGCACCAGAGUUGUGACAGCUGCGGACAUUGAUCCUUUAACAUGGUUAUCUUGCUUAAAGGUUGAAGGAGAAAAUGCAUAUCAGUUCUGUUUGCAACCUCCCCAGUCAGCGGCAUUCAUUGGAAACACUCCAGAGCAGCUAUUUCAUCGGGACUGCCUCAGCAUUUGUAGCGAGGCUUUAGCUGGAACACGGGCUAGGGGUGGAUCAGAGCUUCUGGAUCUUAAGAUAGGACAGGAUUUACUAUCCAGUGCUAAGGACCAUAAUGAGUUUGCCAUCGUACGGGAGUGCAUAAGAAGAAAAUUGGAGGCUGUGUGUUCCAGCGUUUUAAUUGAACCAAAGAAAGCAAUAAGAAAAUUUCCAAGAGUUCAACAUCUUUAUGCUCGAUUGAGGGGGAGACUCCAGACUGAAGAUGAUGAGUUUAAGAUCUUGUCGUCCAUUCACCCUACUCCAGCAGUUUGUGGGUAUCCUACAGAAGAUGCACGGGCUUUUAUUUCAGAAACCGAAAUGUUUGACCGAGGAAUGUAUGCUGGUCCUGUUGGUUGGUUUGGAGGGGAAGAGAGUGAAUUUGCUGUUGGAAUAAGGUCAGCUUUGGUUGAAAAGGGUCUUGGCGCAUUAAUUUAUGCGGGAACUGGGAUAGUGGAAGGAAGUGAUUCAUCUCUAGAAUGGGAAGAGCUCGAGCUGAAGACUUCACAGUUCACCAAAUUGAUGAAACUUGAGGCACCUCUUUUGACAAGAGGAGAAAUUAGGACUAUCAAUCAGAAUCAGAAAGAUCUUAAACUGAUUGAUAAACAAUUUCUGCAAUUUAGUGAGAUGACAUCUUCUUGGAGGAGAGAUGAUAUACCUUGAGGGGAUCAAUGUCAAUCAUUUGAUAUUAACACCAUUAUCUUCAGCUUUUGAUAGCAGAUCAGAUGAACACAAUUUAGCUGCCAGAUUUAGUUACUCAAUUGACAGAUAAAACAGCAUCCAGAUCUUUAUUCUUAUUUUCUUUCAAUAUUUAUAUAAUUAGGUGCAGAAUUUUUGUCAGAGCAAGCAAUUAUGCCCUUCAAUUGGCACAAUACAAGAAGUAGAAAUUUUGUACAAUGAUUAUCUUGUACAGAUGUAUUUUCUUUUGGUAUGUACUCCUGACUCCAAAACCAGGGAUAUUGUUUAUUAGAAUACAGAAAACCUUCACGUUUGUAUUGCAGAAAUGAGUGAUUUCUAUAAUGCCUUGUUUAUUUGU